AUGAUGUCGCCGAUGGUCUCGGCGACCGGGAUCGCGAUGCUUCUCCUCGGCGGAGCUCACGGUCACAUGGUCAUGAACUCGCCAGCUCCUUACAGCCUCGACAUCCAGCCGCUGCUGCAGGUUGAUCCCAUCAGCGGUGGCCUCUACCCGUAUCCCUGCCACAACCAGUACGGCUUUACCCACCGUACCGCAGUCGAGGCUGGCGGUGCGACCUUGGUAAACUUCACAGGUGGUGGCCAGCAUGGUGGCGGUUCAUGCCAGUUCAGCAUCACCUACGAUGAGCCUGCCAACGGAGGCGACUGGAAUAAAUCGGCCGAGUUCAAAACCAUCUACAGCAUCAUCGGUGGUUGUCCUGCCGUAUUUACCGAUGAGUCCCACAACCUCGCCCCCGUGGCCGUGGACCAGAAUCGGCGCCAAGAUGGCAAGCAUUGUGGUAAUGACUCUGGCGUUGACUGUAUUCGCCAGUUCAUGGUUCCGAUUCCCAAGUUCUUGAAGAACGGCCCGGCUACUUUUGCCUGGACCUGGUUCAAUAAACUCGGAAACAAGGAGAUGUACAUGAACUGUGCUCCGAUCGAGAUCACCGGCGGUACUAGCGAUGAGACGGAGAUGAAGAACCUGCCCAACAUAUUUGUGGCCAACUCCCCCAACGACCCCGAGGUUCCGAACUGCAUCACCGGUACUCGCGCCGACAAUGUUGUUGUCAACUUCCCCGAGCCGGGCAAGUACGGCCGCGUUCUCCAGGCCCCAGUUGAGCCAAUGAACAAACCAUCGGGUUACUGCACCCAGAUCCCGGCCGCUCAAUCGCCCCCGACCUUCGAACCAGACCCGCCCUUCACCGUCGCCAAGAUCAAGCAAGCCGGCCCGGCCGCCACCACUCCCACCCCGCCGGUGGAGGACACCACGUCCCCAACACUAGGCCACUCCGUCAACCAGCCCAUCACCGAAACCGCCAACACCACCACCACCAGCACAGCCGACCGGUCCAUGACCCGAUCCCCGCCUCCAAUCAUCGUCCCGACUACCCUGUCGACGACCAUCUCAGAAGUCUCAACUAUCAACCUCUCCGUCACACCCACACCGACACCUACGGCCAUCCCAGCCCCCGCGGUGGCGGUGGCGGCGGCGGCUGCCAUGGCCAAUAAGCCGAACGGCAAGGCCGUCGCCUGCGCGAGCAACGGCGCGCUCGUCUGCCUGGACGACGGCACCUUCGGCCUGUGUGACUGGGGCUGGCUCACGCCGCAGCGCGUUGCGGAGGGCACUGAGUGCAAGGAGGGCAAGAUCGUCAAGCGGGACGGGGGUGGGGAGGAUUCUUGA